AGAUCCAAAUAAACUAGUACUAUCCUAAAAACAGCUUGGAUCAUUAGUUUAUUGCUGCUGAAUUAUUACAUUUUACGAUAUUUUUUUAACGCAAUGUCUGAGUUGUCGUCAGGAAUACGAGAAAAAAUGAUUUUCGAAUUUUGACUUGAAAUUUUGUAUCGAAACAAAUCUUAAUGAGAAUAGUUUAGUGUUUAAGUGUUAGAUUCUUUCGUUGUUGCUAUUCUAAGGUACACAACAAUAAGGUAAGAGUCCGAAUAGUUUUCAAGAUACUCAUAAAAGAUUAGAGUCUACAUAAUACACGUAAUCGUGAGUCAUUGGCGAUCAGUUAAUUAAGAGACUAACUCACGGAACUGAACAUUUUCUAAUAAAUAUAUUUUUUCUUUUUCUUAACAGCCUUCUGGUCAAAUUCAACUUCGUAAUGGUUUAUUAAUAAAUUUCGAUAUCAUUCCAAGUCAAGCUCCUAUAUUUUCUCAAAAAUUAUAUAAAUUUUCUCUUGAUAUUACUAAUAAUACAAAUAAAACAAUAUUUGUCGGUCAAAUAUCGGCUCAACCAUAUAAUAUAAAUCGAAGUCAUCUUGUUUAUGAAUUUAUUUCAUCAACGAAAUAUUUUAUUAUUAAUCCUGAUAAUGGUAUUAUUGAAUAUAUCACAAAUAAAUAUAAUAAUCAAACAAUAGAACAAUAUCAAAUCAUUGUUCGUGAUUUAAUUUAUCAACAAAAUACAACAAUUAAUAUAACAAUUCAUAUAUACAAAUUAGAAUUAAUUUCAUUUACUUCUCACAUUUAUUAUA